GUUCCAAGCGACUCAAAAUGGCGCCUGUCUGCAAAAAUGGCGGGUAACGCAAAUUUUUUGUUUACAUCGGAUCGGUCUGAUCUUGAUUGAUCUAGCCAUGUACAUUCUUGUCAAUCGAGAUGAGGAUAGUUCAGUUUAUAAUUACAUUGCACAACAGCUGCUGAAUGGAUCACUAGGUCAUGAAAAAUGGACACUGGCGCCAAAGAAUUCAGAACGUUUCAAUUUGCUGUUUGGGGAGAGAAAAUCAACACAACUUGACUACACAAGAAUUGGUAAGCUUUGCUUGUUAAGUCUAUAGUCGUGGAAAAUUCUUGGCUAUCAUCGAUCUUGGCCACUAUCGAGUUCCCAGUUAAGGGUAGAGCGUCGUUUCUGGAAAGAUUGAUUCCAAUUUAAGCUAAAAUUGGCGGGGUUUACAAAACCUUGAUCGGAUCAACCUUUGUAAUCUUAUCUUUGACCUUUUUUCAUUUGGUAACUUACAGGGGCUGAUCGAAAUCAUGUUUUAUUUACGCCUUACCAAUGGCGUAUAUAGUUCGCAGAGGAAUAGAGGGUGACGCAGAGCAGUCAACCUCCCCACGUCAACAAAUAUUGAGAAUUGAUAUAUGACUGAUAUAUGACCUCAUAUCGCACGACAAAUGACGUCAUUUGUGCCAAAUAUGCUAGUUGAUUCUGGUCGACAUAUAUAGUACCUAAAGAGUUCAUAUUUAGCCACAUUAUUGCUUAAAUUGCAUCAGUGGCACACCAGAAUUUAUGAGGAAACGUUUCAUGUUAAUGGUAGCUCAAACAAUGCAACAUUUUUCAAAUUUUAUGGCCGGAAAGUCGAGUUUACAGAAAUAGCAACUUUGGCGAUUAUCUGGGAGAUAUCAGACUCUAAUGUGGAGACCAGGAGAUACAGUCCAAAAUCUGGAGUCUCCCAGAUUAUCCGGGAGAGUUGACAACACUGGUUACGUUAGGGGUUGGGGAGGGGUCUAACAUGCCUGUUAAAAUGACCCUUCUGUUUAAAAGAAGAAAGUGAUAAAUAAUAAUAAUAAUAAUUAAUCUUGCUAAUUCUUAAUGUUCUGUAAUCAAUUGAACAUUGGGUAAUCCAAUUAAAUUUGACAAAAUAUGACACGUUUAUUGAGUUGUUGAAAUAUUUUGCCAGUUAAAAAACUGUGGAUACAUAAAAAUAUUGGCAUCAAUAUAGGCACUCCAUCCUGAACACCCCAAGUGUUACCAAAAUCUGCAAUUUUCUACCCCUAAACGAGAUGAUGAGUGACCCUGGUCCUUUCAUGAAUGUGGAAGAUUCCCCAGAAGUUAGUUGUUAGUGCAAAAUAGAAAUGCUCCAGGUUUCAGAACUCCAGCAGCUGGCAUCUGAGUGGUUCAAUAUUAGGAAAAGUGGUAACAGAAGUGAAAAUUGAAAUGGUUUUUGUAUUUUCCCUUUAAGGUCACACUUCAGGUUUGUGUCAAGCUGUAAAUUACUACAGGGGAUCUGAAAGACUCCUUUGUAAAAAGGUACCUUUAGUGAAGUGAGUAUAUCCAAGGAAAUUCUGCUUACUGUUUGUUUAUUGUUGUGCUGUAGCUUUAUAUCACUCACCCUACUAUCAGAGUCUUUUGUCUAUACUUCAGUACUUCUGAUAUGGUAACUAGAUAGGCUUGAUUUCCGCCACUCUCUCAGGUCCAGUCUUGUUCCUUCCUGGGAGGAGACAGCCUGACUCGUGAGUAGCUGAUCAUCUCUGUGACAUAAAUUCAAAAUUCAAUUUGUGCGUCAUUACAAAAUGCCCAUCAGACACCAAACAUAUGUUGUUUGUUUUCUCCUCAUCACUUUGAUUUUCACCAAUAAUCUCAGCUACAUGAUUUGAGCAGGCAACAAUCUGAUUGGUGAAAAUUGAGAAUAACAAACCCACAUGUCCAGCUGUCUUUUCAGGGGAUGAGCACAGGCGCAAUUCCUGAACAGCAGCUGUUUAUUGAGCCUAGUAGACAGAUAAAAAGAUGUGAAUAUAUCCCAUAAACUGAAAAUUUGUAAAAACAAUUCAUUAACAACGAUAUAUUAUCUAAAAGGGUGCAAACAUAUUGAUCAAUUACAGUCAAACCUCUCCGCAAUGGCCACCUUGGGGACAGAAGAAAGUGGGCCUGUUGUAGAAAGGUGGCUGUUGAAGAGAGGUUGAAAUAAGAUUCCCUCAUCUUGUGAUUUCAUCGCUCACGUUAGCUCACUUUGUGAGUGUUCCUUUCGCCUUCAGUGCUCUCUUGCAUUCGACUUGUGGCAAGUCUACUUGGGACGUUAUGUCAGGAGAGAUGUCUGCACCUCAGCAACAGAAAUUCCAUACUGAUGACAUAAAAUCUGUCCGGAAUCUGUUCAGGGGCUCUGAUUGGUCAACAUUGUAGUUUCAUUGUUCUAGCUAUUGUUUACGAAUGACCAACAAAAAAUUAUACAAAAGCCAAGGCCACAAAGGUCAAAUGUAAAUGUGAUGAAUCUGUAACAAAACAGUCAAUAUUAAAUUUGUGGAUUAUAUUCUUCUCUAGAAGAAGCAUUUGAGUUUUGCUGGUGGUUGUUCGCAGAUUAAAACAAAAUUGUACCAAAAUUGACCAGGAGAAACGUAAAAUCAAACAAAUUUCUCUUUGAAACCCGAGGAUUACCGGAUUGAUUAUGUAAACAUUGAUUUACCUCAUUACUGUGGAAUAUCUGUCACUUUGACGUAGAUGUCCCUCCUAACGAAUAAGUCCCAAGCAGCAAGUAGCAAGGAGAAAUGGCUGUUUUUGCAGGCCAAGACUAAUAAUUUCUUUAUAUUUUCUAGAUAUGUACGCUCUUUGGCUGAAAGUGAGCAAUUGGCAUACCAAUGGAUGCCUGUUUCUUUUAUUAUUCUGCCAGAACAAUUAAAAUCCAAAUCAGAGACGAGAAAGAAAUUGCAUGCAAAGUAUACUGAUGAAAGAAACAAUCUUGUGGCUUUGUCAAGCACUCUUAAAGAGAAAAUAUGGAUUGCAAAAUCAUCAUCUGGAGCAAAAGGUGAAGAACACGAAAGAAAAUAUCUUAUUCAUUCUUCAGAAACUCAUUAAUGUUCAUAAAGAAAAACAAAAGAAAUUAAUGUUUAGUGAGUGUCUUUAUAUCUGAUAAAGACACAGCUAAACUUUACCUUAAUUUUUUAAUCUAAUUAUUAGUGCAAGAAUGAGUUGAUCUAUAUCAGGGAUUUUGAUUUUGAAGAUUCAAAAAACUUGUAAUCGUGUAUUAUCAGGUUUAAAAACUACAUAAAAACUCUCCACUUCGCCUCAAGUUUUUAAAUCUGAUAAUACACUCCUGCUCAUUUUUUUAAAAUAGUAUUAGACCUCUGAUCUAAUAGUUUUGACUCCUGAUACGAAAGUUCUGAUCCCUGAAGCAAAGAUUUUGCAGAUCAGCUACUGUUAUGCUGAUUAGGAUGGUAGAAAUAGAAGUGUAGUUAUGAGAGAGUUAUUUGAGAACAAAAAGAAAUAAUAUUAUCGUUCGAAGCAAAUUUUUCUUUCUUUUCAUUGGCCGACAGCCCACCACGUGACCUGCAAAUAACUGCCUACAAAUAAUGGUCUGCUGAUGCACAAUGUUGUCCAACUGUGUUUGGCUGCAAAUAAUAUUCUGCACAUGCGUAAAGGACACCGUGCUUUUCUCCUUCUUGUGAUCGGUCUUGCGUGAAAAUGACAGAUCGCUUCGCUUCCCAAGGAUAUUCAUUAAAAAAAGAGAAACUCGGUGAUCGAAUGAUAAAACAAUAGUUGUUGAACUCAGUUAUUGCAAAAUAUCAUAUUUUGUCAGUGUCUCGCAGAUCAACUAUUUGCCUCAGCUUUCAGCUUCGGCAACUAAUCUGCUCGCCACAGACAAAUCAUGAUAUUUUGCUCAACCUCGUCCAGUAUAUUCUUAAUUAUUCAAAUUAUCCUCAUUAGCUCCUCAGAAUGGUGGGUAGAAUAUGUUGUGGUUUAAUUUUAUCCUUGGCUCAACUUCUAUUUUUGCACUUUUGGGUUUGGUAAUUCAUAAUUAUAAUGAGUUUGAAACAUUUAGGAAAAUCAAACUCAAACCAAGGAUAAAAUUGAAACACAACAAAUAUACAUGCUGAUGUGUUGGGUUUAAAGGGUACAGAAAGGCUGUUAGGGAGAAGUACAGUAUGCGUUAUGCAGUGCAGCUGGGCUUGAAAAAAGUCCUCAGUGGUCAUCCAGGACAACUAGAUUUUUUUUCCUGUCACCAUAUUUUUUUUGCUUUUCAUGCUCACUUAGGCGUAGUCUCCAGCCUUGGGUGUCUCGAUCAAGGCUGGAGAUGGAGCCCAAUGCUCACUUCGCUGAUGAGGAAAGCCCAGGGAAAUUAUCUUCUAAUCAAAUAAAUUGUAAAAUUAGUCAAGAAUGCUAUGGCUUUGAACAAAUCAAUCUUUUUUCAAGCACUGUCUUAGAUGUGCUUCCCAUUCAGGUUGUUUUCGGUCCGUGUGUGUUCUUACAGUCACUAGCAUCAAACCUCUGUUCAACAUAAUGUACAAUAUUAUUAAUAGUAAAAGAAUUCAGGUGUGUAAGGGAUAAUGGGUUCAAUAUUCUUUCUCUUUAAAGGGAAGGACAUUUUUAUCUCAGAUAACAUCGAAGAAAUCCUGGCCUUUGUUGAUGAACAGACCCAGGGCUAUGUUGUCCAGAAGUACAUAGAAAACCCUCUGCUAUUAGACAACAAUAGAAAAUUUGACAUAAGGUGAGAGGAGGUUUUGAUCAACUUCUUCAUUCACCUCAUGAAUCUUAAUUUUUGUCAUCAAAACCCAGCAAAACUGUCUUUUCUCAAGAUGGUUUGUCAUGAGGCACAAUUGAGCGGGAGUUCAAGGGUAACAGUUGAUAACAUAACAGUUGUUAAUUUUGUUGUUUAUCACUUAUAGAUGUUGGGUCUUGCUGGAUCAUGAAUAUAACAUUUACAUUUUCUCAGAGGGAGUGCUAAGAACGUCAUCAGAGCCAUAUGACCCCAACGACCUCAAGAAUAUCACCAGUCAUUUAACCAACCACUGCAUACAGGUUUAAACUGAUAAAGAAAUGAUGCUGAUCACUGAUGUAUAUAGCAACGAAGUGGACCAUCACAAACACACAAUCUGUAGUUUCAGUCAGGGUGGCCUGAGGAAACAACCAACAUUUCGUGACCCCACGAGUAGUUUCCUUGCAAAUGUCCUAAUGAAAUUCCAUCCUGAUGACUCAUCACUACCCAGACUUGGGGGCAGUGCAUCUGAUUGGUUGAAGUAGAUUCCUCCUGCAGCACAACCAAUCAGAAGCACUGCCCAGAUCUAGGUAGUGACAUGUCAUGACAGUAUGGAAUUUCUGCAGUCGUUUCUCAGACAUCAGUUCACAGGAAAACCAUUUGAUGUUACCCCAUAGAAGAGAUUGCAUAACCAGAUAGUGUAAAAUGUAAUAAUUUGGGGCCUGUCAAAAUCAAUCCACCACUAAGUAAUGGAAAUUUUCGUUAGAACUGUACAUCAUCCUCAGAAACAAUAAAUUUUAAAAUCUUUUAAAGAAACUCUUCCUACAUAUUUCUCUCUAUGGACCCUACAUAUAAGAGAUAAUUGGCAUGAAACAGAAAAUCACAGGUUCAUUUAAAACUUUCACUCUCACAAUGAAUAAUGAGCCUUGUACGGUGGUUCUAACUUUUGAUUCUGUUGAGGAAAAUGUUUGGUCAGUGACCAUUCAAAUAAAUCCUUUUUGGCAGUACUUGUACCAGGUGGUAUUUGUUUUUUACCACUUUAGGGCCUGUUUACAUGGAGGUGGGGUACCCCAGAUAGGUGAGGUAACCUGCUUAGGUGGGGUAAUCCGCCUGUCCAUAUAAUCUCUCAUUUUAAUGUGAUCACAUUUACAUGGUAGAUGGGGUAACCUGCAACAUGUUACCUCACCUACCUGGGGUCCCCCACCUUCAUGCAAACAGGCCCUUAGAAAAAGAAGUUUAAAAAUUUUGUAGUUGGAUUUUGACUUUGGUCACUUUUGGGAUUGCAAGGGUUACCAUAAAUGACAUAAUAAACACCUCUUAUCCAACAAUUUCCCCCUCUAUGCUGUUAAAAUUGUAUUAGAUGCCCUAAUAAACGCUCCCUGUCUAAUAGGCUCCCCGUAACUAGUAGGGAUUAGCAAAAAGGAGCAAAGUCAUUCAAUUCAUUCAGUUUGUUGCUUGAUUAACAAGGCUUUGUGUAUUUCAUAUUGCUCAUUGUCAAGUUCAAAGUAAGGAUAGACUAAUAAUGGCAACACAAUAAGCUCCCUGAGCAAGGACUCUGACAUCGAUGUUGGGAUUUGAAAGAGCAAUAUGGAUCUCUAGAUGGUCUAGCUACUGAAUGUAUAAAUUGAUGGGGUGGAUAUUCUGCUAUUUUAAAAUUUUCUAGAUGAAGUAUAUUGCCGGUAAACAUAUUUCUUUUGACAGGAAGAAUGCUCCACAGAUUUUGGACACUAUGAGGAAGGAAAUGAAAUGUUCUUUAAUGAAUUUUCAAGGUAAAAAACUAAAAUAACUUAAUAAAAAUGAUCAAAUCCAUUACAAGAGGACAACAAAAGAAAAACUUACUUAUUUAAAAUAAACUGUUACUUUGUUUCCUAUGUCUUUAAACAUUAAUUUUUGGUUACACCUUAUAAAGCUAUUAUCUCUGUCCCUUUACAUUAUUACACUGUGGUAAUUGCAAGCCAGGUUUGCUUGUUUUAAGCAAAAAAGUGCAUAUGUAGUACACAAAACAUCCUUUAAUUUACAACUGUCUCUAAUGUUUAUGCUUCCAGGUUUCUUGAAGAGAAACAUCAAGUCUCAUUAAAAGAAGACAUUUUACCUCAGAUAAAUACGAUAGUUAGGAAAUGCCUACUUGGCCUUAAAGAGGUAAGAAUUUUCACAUUAAGGUGCAGCAACAAAUCAACAAAAUCACAAAGCCAAAAAAGUUUGUGACUGUGUACCAAUACCUUAAAUUGUCUCUUCAAUUUGUGUUACAUGUUUGUUUAAGUGUGAUAAUGUAAAUGAAGUUGCACAACCAUCUAGGAGUUGGUGUUCAGCUUAAGAUGUACAUCUAUAAUGGGCACAGUACAACUGUGCAAACACCACCUGGGUUAGCUUAUGAUAACUCUUUGCAUUUUUUUGCUGGCACCUAGCUGAGUGGUUCGAUUAUAUUGCCUAAAAUAUAAUAAUACAACAACUUUAUUUGUAACAUUCUACCCUCCCCCCUCCACAAUAAGGGUUACCAGCCUAGUGACAUGUAAUUCACUCUUAGGAUUCUGAACCCUAAUAUAGAGAAAAUACUGACAAAGAUCAGUUCUAAAUUGGUUCCGAUUUGAAUCUUGCCUGUUUUAGUCUGUCCUUACAUAAGUUUGAUUUAUUCUAAUAAAAGGUAUCUUUGACUUCAAUAACAUGACCCACUUUAUACAGACACAGUCAGUGAUGAUAAUGGCCAUGUCUUUUGAAGCUGGCUAGUUUAGUGUCAAUCUUGUUAAAGGGCCAUGAUUAGUUUUACUAUAAUGUGCCCUUCUCCAUUCUAAUUUUUUUUUCUUAUGUACACGUAGCUUAAACAACCUUGUACUAAUUAAUAUUGUACACUGAACUAAUGUAUUAUCUAUAGGAUGGAGUAAAAAUAAAAUACAAAAUACAUAUACAGACACUUCCUAUGGUCCCCUUAGUGUCAAUAUUUGUAGGGAUUGACUGUACUUAUCACCUUCAUUGGAAAUGACACCUGAAAACUCUUGAAAAUUACAGACAUUUGACUGAAACAGUCGGUCCCGACAGCACAAUUUCAUUGUUCUAACUCUUGUUAUAAUGGACACCAAUCAGCAUUUUUGGACAUUUUGGCAGAAUUAUCUCAGAUUAUAGUUGAUCUCUUCUUCUUUCUCUUCGUCUCUGUCACUUUGGUUGAAAAGUGAACAUUCUGAUUUCUGUUUAACAUGAUCCUUCGAUGAAACUAACAUACCGGUACUUACUUGCAAAUAACAGUCAUGAUGCACUUAACGUACAUAAAUAAUAAUUAUUUGUGUUUUUAGGUUUAAAAUCUAAUUAUUAGAUAUUCUAGUACCGUACUUUAUGGUUUCUGUGUACUAAAAAUCGUUCAGUGACUGUUGUGGUGAAUGAAAGGCAUAUGCAAGUUCUGUUCUGUUACGAUUUGUCUUAGACAAAUCGUAACAGAACAGAAUCAUUCUUGUUUGUAAAUAAAGUUCUGAUGCUCUUUAUAUGGCUAUGAAAACUGCACCGCAAUUGGUUCUGGAGUGAAUGUAAAAAAUUAAUAUCGAUAAAUGUGAUUCCUCUAAUAUCAAGAAAUUUUUUUCUUGCACGCCAUUAUUACAGACUCUCGCUAUUACGGACACUAAACCACAGUCCUGAGGGUGUCCGCAAUAAGGGGAGUUGACUGUAUAAAUAUGAGAAAACUGUCAUCUUUCAUUUAUUUGCAGCCAUGAACAAGUCCUGACCUUCUCCUAGGGUACUUUUCAGGCCAGACUGGCCAUUUUGGAGAUGAAAUGUUUGAAAUGUUCGUCUUCUCUUGAAAUUUUUACUAAAAGCCAUUACUGUCAUGCGUACUAUUUAGGAAAAAAACUGAUAUGGCUGGAUAGUCCGAAUUCUCCUUACAAUUGGGCCGACAUAGCUAGCCAGUUCUGACAAAAUGGUAAAUUCCCUUGACAGAGGUAUGGAAAAACAAGCAACCAAAAACGUACAACUUGUUUUGUGAAUUUGCUGCAAAAUGAGUUGAAUAGGGCUGUUGCGUGUUUUACCAUCUACGAAAAAACACCUUGCAACCUUAUUUAUUUGUUGUAAGACAGGUUCAAACUAGCCUGUGUGGCAGGCAUUCCAUAUGGAAGGGGUAUGGAAUUUGGGCGCCCAAAAUCGAACAACUGCCACACAGGCUAGUUUAAACAUAACAUGUGGUAAAACAUGCAAUCUUGCUACUCAACUCCAUUUGCAGCAUUUUUGCAAAACAAGUUGCACAUUCUUGGUUGCCUGUUUUACUGUACAUGUAUCUUUAGUCAUGCAAUUCUAUACUCUCUCCCAGAGAGAAUCAGAACCGGACAGAAUCAGCCUGUUGUGUGCUUACUUGUAAAGCAAGUAAUCUUUCAGUGUGGAUGGAAUUGCCAAGCUUUUAACUUUAUCGCUGUAACCAGUGUGAAUUGUACCCACAAUAAAACAUCUACAGAUAUCUUGUAAGGACCUUAGCCUGCAUCUAUAUUCAAAAACCUUAAUAAAUUCUUUAUCAUCACACACCAUUAACUGUCCUUUAUGAUUCAGAUUCAUUCCAACUUCCUUUCGUGAAUCUUCUUCAGCAGGUUUUAAACCUGAUACAAUGAGUUGUGCAUUGCUGCCUUCUGUUAACGACUCCAACAACACAAUUUUCUCUCCCUCUGCAAUAAUCAGGUUUUGCCCAUCAUGGAUAAAUCCUCUCAAAUUAUUGAUCUGAUUCUCUUCUCCAUCAAGCAUAUAAUAACUAAUUGUUGCUUCGUCUUGCAUUUUAAAUUGCUCUAAUUCUUUUUUCUCUUCAUCUUCAUCUUCAUCUUCAUCUUCGCUUCCUUGCUCUUUUCGUUCGCAGCUAAGACUUAUUUUUGAUAUUAUUAACGAAGUAAGGGCUUCAUAUUCUUCAAAUUCGUAUUCAGCUCGUAUCACCUCACCAUCUGGAGAACAGCAUAGCAGACCAAUUCCUCCAUAUUCUUCAUCUUCUUCAUCAGGAAGUGGAACACAAAUUUCUCUCAUUUUAAGGAUUUUUAAAUUGUUCCAGUCCAUAAAUAUUUCAUACAAACCAGGAUCCAAUUGCACCGAACCAGCCACAAGAAGGCUUCUCUGCGGGGUCAAAGCGAUCACUCCAGGAUAGGUUAAAGAAGGCACUUUUAGUUCAAGUUCGGAAGAAUCAAAUGUGUCUUUCUCAAGAGAGUAAAUCUCAACUGAUCCCCCGUGAUGUGCUUCUGAAUAGCUUACCGCAACACGAUUACCAGGUAGUAAUGACAUGUUGAGAUCUCCAUCUGGCCCGAGGUCACAUUCGGCCAUCACUUCUCCACUGACAUGAUUCCAAACGGAGAUUCCUUCAUUGAAAUCCAUUGUCACAAAUAACCCCAAAACUGGGUUGUAGGAGACACCAUUUCCACUAUUCACUCCUUCUGGAAUCUUGACUGUGGACACACAAUUGUUUGCAAGAACCUUCAUAUUUCCCCAAAUAUUUCGUUGGUACUCAAUGUACAGCUGGCGGGGUACACGUAAGCGCAGACUCUGUUCAAAGAGUUUUUGAAAACUUGCAAACUUUCAGCCCAAGAGAGACUCAGUCAAGUAGACAGGGAGUCAAAGCACCAAGUGUAGAGCGGAAAAACUGCGUCAUUCAACUUUUCUGCUCGGUGCUCGACUUUCUGUAACCAACAGUCAACAUGGCCGCCAUCAUUUUUAAAGAAAUGUGAGGGGAAUCUGGGGAGAGAGAAAAUUGCCUCAGAAGGGUGGGGUGGGCAGUUUGUCUAAAUUAAUAAACACGUGUAAAGGGUUGGUAAAAAAAUUAUACGGGUAGCACUGGGCAUAACGUAUGUAAAUGACCGGGGGGGGGGGUACUCUCGAUAUAUCCUUGGGUGGGGAGGUGCGGCGCGGCCCCUCAUACCCUGAUCCGGUUUAAGACAAAUAUCGCUGAAUUUUUUUUCGCCGAUUUUUGAUACCCUGUUUAAGACAUUUAAUUAACAUUAGCGCUUGUAAAAAUUUUGCUGUUUAUCGUCCAAGAAAAGAUAUCCUGUUUAAGACAAAAAUUGAUAAAUCGAUACCCUGAUUAAGACAAAAAAUGAUAAAUUCGAUACCCUGUUUAAGACAAAAAUCCCGAAAAACAUACCCUGGCUAGCCGCACGUCCCCAUUAAGCCCUUAUAAGGGAGUACCCCCCCCGGGAUAAAUGGUCUACUAGAUGUCCACCGACACUCUCAAAUAAAUGCCUCUUAUCUUACUAGCAGUAACCGAUCGUUAGGAAGUGAGAGAAUGCGUCUUGGGAGAGACCACCCUUAUAUAAGUCACAUCAUUGUUUUGGUCUGAAAAUGGGUUUUGACUUUGCCCAUUUCACUCUGGAAUCAUGUAGGGUUUUCAAGGAAAUUACAGGAGUGUAUGAACGUAUUUAAUAUUGUUUCAAUUCCAAAUGAAAAGGCCGAGAAAUAAUUGGUAGUGGGAUCUAGGAAAUCUUUUUUUGGUGUUCAAAUCUAAGGAAUAAGAACAAUGGUUUGUUGACAUUUGGUUGGUGGGGGUGGGAUCUCUGCAAAGACAGAUGGACUGGAUUUUGUUCAAAAGCAUACUGUAUCAAUUUAAUCUAGUUUGUUACAGUUACAAGAAUAAAUGCCUCUCUCUUUUAAAUGCCUCUUGUCCAUUAAACACCCCCUUCUUGGACCCUUAAAAUUUAAUAGAUUAGAUCAUUAAUUUUACAGUAUACAAGGAUUGAUCUAAUCCAGGUCUUGUUGAUACCUAUUAAAGAAAGGUUCAUUCUUUAUGAGAUAGGGGAGCUGUUGGGAUUUAAGGGGGGCCAUGAAAAAAAUAAGGCUUUAAAGGGGGGUCAGGAGAACAAUUCUGGGUGUAAAGGGUGGCCAUCAAAAAAUUCCAUCAAGUUUUGCAGUGAAGGCAUCUAUAAUAAUGCAAACACAGGGGCGUAGCGCAGGAUUUUUCAAAGGGGGGGUCACAGAGGCUUUAUACCGCUGCUCUCCCUCGUGUAUCAGCGGGCUCAGUCGUAUUAUCGCGGCAUGAAGGCCCAUAUUAACUAAAGACAAGAGCCAUUGACGAAAAUACUUUACAAAAAAACAAAUUUUAAAAAAGUGGGCUUUUCAACAAUGGCUUUUACAGCCAAGAUAUUGUCAUGGCGUUUUCGCCACCUGAAUACUAUAGGUUGUUUGCUCAAAAGAAGGCCUAGCAAGGGGGGGUCACGGGCACCCCAGGAACCCGCCCCCCCCAGCUAUGCCCCUGAAACAGCCUACCAGAAUGCCAAAAACCAGCAUAUCUGAUGUUCAGAAAGAUCAAAUUUCCUUGGGAAGCAAGCCCUUGAACCCCCUACUAUAUUGUAGAUAGAUAGAUAGAUAGAUAGAUAGAAACUUUAUUAAAGUGUCAAAAGCCAUCUAGCCAGGGAAAAAAGAAUCCCUUACUAAUUUGGGGACACCAAUUAGGGGAGAAUAUACAAACUAAAAACUAUAUACAGUAGUAGGUAAAAUAUCUAUAGUUAUCUAAUUACGAGAUUUACAGUAAAAACAUACAGAAGUCAAAAUGAACAAAGGCUACAGCCUGCGCAGCCAACAUCUAAAAGUUCACUUAUAUUGAGUUGGCGUAUCUUGCUUUUAAACGACAUUAGGGUUGUGAUGUCCCUAAUACUCUUGGGUAGUUUUGUCCAUAGCCUAGGCCCUAGAUAUCUAAUAGAGUGCUUGCCGUAGGUGACUGUCUCAUACCUAGGUAUAGAGAAAUCUGCUUGCCUCAGAUUGUAAUUACUAUUUGGUUCUUUAAAGAUGUUACUUAUAUAUGCAGGGCACAGUUUAUGCUUUACUUUAUACAUAAGGAUGCACAGAUCCUGUAAGCGACUAUUUAGCAGUGUGGGCAGAUCUGCCUUCUCUAAUAGUUGUUCAUAACUAGAAUUAUUAUCCUUGAAAACCGCUCUAAGUCCUCUUUCUUGUAGUCUUUCAAGCUUUCGAGUGUCACUCGCUUUGCAGAAAUGUCACACUAGGUGACAGUACGUGAGGAAUGGUAAUAUCGCGCUUUUGAAUAAUUAUAUUAACUUAGAUUUCAUAGGAAUUAGAUUACGUAGUCUCAUUAGAACACCAAUUCUCUGGCUGGCUUUUUUACAGAUAGAGAUUAUAUGCUCAGAGAAAUGUAACUUAGAAUCUAACACUACUCCUAGAAGUAUGAUAUUAUCUUUAGUUUCAAUUACAACAUCAUUCACGCAAAUAUUGCUGUUAUUUUGAGUGAAGCCCAAGUUCAAAACGUGGUACUUUUUGAGGUUUCCCGCCAAUAAGUUAGAAUCAUACCACGUUGUUGCUAAGUUGGCACUAUCCUUUAACUGGGAAGUCACAGCUGCCUGGUCUGCUCCUGCAAUAACCCCACUAAAAUACAAAAAGCAUACUAAAUCAAACGUUUUAUUGCAAAAAAACAAACAAACAAACAAACAAACAAACUUCAUUUCCAUAACAAAAAUGGAAUAUCUCUUGCAUUGCUAUUGAGAAAGCUCGCAAAGUUUCUCCUGCGAUUCUUAUUUGCUGGUGUCUGUUCUCUGCUAAUGGCCAUUCAAAAUGUCUAUUUGAUUACUUUCAGUUAGGCAUUGUUCAUUUUUUCUUCAUGUGUUCUUUCUCUUUCCUUUUUUUUGGGGGGGGGGGGGGGGCACUCACACAUUUCUUUUGAAGAGAGGAGGUCAUCAUGUACUUCAUGAACUGCCAGUCAAUUCCUACCAGCCCCCCCUCCCCCAUAAAAAUGAAUUGUUCCUAAUAAUGUUUUGUCGUAUACAAUUGCAGGAAUUGACCACAGAGGGUUUAGGCUAUCACAGUUUUCAACUGUUUGGAUUUGAUUUUAUGGUUGAUUCACAGUUUCAUGUCUGGUUACUGGAAGUUAAUGGAGCACCAGCCAGUGCAAAGUAAGCUAAUUGGAUAGUUUUCACUAGCGAUGGAGUUUUAAGUUGAGUCCCAAGAGUGCUUUUGCAUGACCUAGUGAAAUAAAAGUUUGGGGUUAAGAGUGGAGUCAUAAGCAUCGGAGUCGUAAGAACCAGUCAGCGAUGCCAUUUUCUUCUGACUCAGCUUAAUAUAUGACUCCGUCACUUACAAUCUGGUGAAAACCACAUUGUCAGAGUCCGAUCAAGCAGAAGCAAAAGGAUAAACCAAUCACGAAGCUUGUUACCAUGCUUUGUGAUUGGUUCAGAACUUGCAGCUCUGCUUUGUAAGUGGUUUCUGAUUAAGCAUAAAGGAAUUGGAGGUGUAAGAAUCAGUCAGUGUUUCCUUUUCUUCUAGCCCAGCUUAUGACUAUGUUGCUGACAAUUUAGUGAAAACCAGAUUGUCAGAGUUGGAAGCAGAAGCAAAGGGUUCAACUAAUGACAACGCUUUUUCCUGUGUAUUGUGUUCACUUAGCUUCUUCCAGGCUCUGAGAUAGUCGGGUCCACAGAAUUGAGAAAGCGCAAACACAAAAACAAAAUGGGAGGAAACCGGGGAGAGCUUACACAGAGAGCCACUAUCGGAGAGCCUGAAACAGGCUAUGAUUGGUUUAGUACUUGCACUUCUGCUUGCAACUGUGAUAACCUAGCCUGCAUGCAGACGAUAACUAAACUCUGAUUAGUACCGUCUGCGAAGCAGUGCAGAGAUCCUUGUUCUGGACCCCCAGCGGACUCCACGAAUUACCGGAAGUGCGUUUCGAAUUCCCCUUCAACCUGAUUGGCGAUCACGACAAACAAAACAAAGGCCUUUUUUAACUGGCCAAUCGUGGCGCGUACUCAAAUCUGGGUACACAGCUGGAAGUCCAGAACAAGGAUUUCGGUGCUGUUUCGCAGACGGAGUUAACCAGAGUUUAAUUUCGUCUGCGCGCAGGCUAGUGAUAACCUAGACAUCACUAGAUUGUAAGCAACAGGGUUUAUGAAGAAUAUUAUCAUUGGAAAUAAUGCUGUUUUCAUGAUCACUAGAUCACAAUACUUCUGGUUGUGUCUUCUGUUGCCACUGAACCAGCUUUUAUACACAAAGGGAUGUGAGUAAGGAUGGUCAGGGGGUCUCUGCACUCCAAGAGGACUCCCAGGGGAGGGGAUGCUAUAAAAAAAUUAAUAUUGAAUUUAAAACUCUUAAAGAGACAAGUUCAGCUGAGGUGGCCCAGAACAAGCAGCCAAUUAAGAGCUAUUUAUAUGCUGAAAAAAAGUUAUUUUGUUUUAGAUAAUAAUAAUUAUGAUAGAAGUUAUAAAAAUGCUUUUCUUUUCAAUUCCACAAGCCAUUUGGGAUAUGGUCUGGAAGGUGUUACUCACCAGAGGUUAGACUGUAGCUACUUUCUGACUUUUGACUUAUUUUCUUCUUGUUUAGAUCCCUCCUACCAGACCUGGCAGAAGAACUUGUGAGAAAAGCAAUAGAUCCACUCUUCCCUAACCACAACAACAAUGAGCCUGGCAACAACUGUCACUCUGACAGCAAAAAAUGUUGUAGACCAUCUGGAGGAUUUUUUAAAAAGAUUUAGAUAUUUAGGAUAUUUGGAAAUCUUGUUUCUUAAAGCCAUUAAAUGCUUACGUCUUUUUUGUAGUCGAGGGAUGCCAUGGCGUAAAUAAGACAGUAUAAUACUAGUAAAAAUUACAUUCUUGUAUAA